CAAAAGGAGGAAAUAGAAGGUGGGAGCAAACCCACCCAGGCCUGCACCAGCAAGCUUGGUGUGGUUUAUUUCAACCCUUCCAUUCUCCCUCGUUUUACCCCUAUUAACCCCUAACCCUCGUUCUAACCCCACAAGAUGUCUUUCUCUUUGAGAAUUGCCCUAUGCCUUAUCCCCCUCAUAGGGGUAGUCUCACCAUUUCCCUUUGCCUUUCUUCCGUUCCCGAAGUUGCCAGACCUGCCAGGUUUGCCCCCGAACCCCUUCUUCCCACCGGUUCAAGAUGCACCAAGCCCCCCAGAACCCUUCUCGCUACCAGUCGAAGACGACCCACAGGCAAAACCGGCUAGAACCGAACGAAUGAAGACUGACCCGGUUUACCCAACCGAUUUUGCCGGUUCUUGGGAGCUGGCCAGCGCUAACACGGGGAUAUCUGCAAUGCACGUGCAGCUGAUGCCAAGUGGGAAAGUUGUGAUGUUUGAUGCCUCAGUUUUUGGGCCGUCGAAGAUUAAAUUGGACGGAGGGAGGUGCCGAAUAGAUAAAAGAGAGAGAAGGAAGGGCAACAAUGAUUGCUGGGCCCACGCGGUGGAAUACGAUGUCGAUACGGCUGCGGUGAGGCCUCUGAUGGUGAAGACGAACACGUGGUGCUCAUCGGGGGCCCUGGGGGCCGAUGGACGGCUCAUACAGACCGGAGGUUUCAAUGAAGGGGGGAAUGUUGUUCGAUUGUACGAAUCUUGCAAGGACUGUGAUUGGGUAGAGAAACCGAAUUCUCUUUCCGGCCAGCGGUGGUACUCCUCCGACCACAUCCUCCCAGACGGCAACGUGAUCAUCGUCGGCGGCCGCCGGAAGUUCAGCUAUGAGUUCAUCCCGGCAGAGGGAAAUUCUGAGCUCAAAGUCUAUGACCUCCCAUUCCUCAAGGAGACGACUGACGACGUCGAGAACAAUCUCUACCCUUUCCUCCACCUCUCGACAGACGGGAACCUCUUCGUUUUCGCCAACGACAGGUCGAUUCUACUGGACUACAAGAACAACCGCAUAGUCAGGACAUUUCCUGUAUUGCCAGGAGGCUCCAGGAAUUACCCGGCCUCAGGCUCUGCCGUGCUCCUCCCAAUCCGUUUGAGAGGCCGCGAGAAUCUCAUCCCCUCGGAGGUCCUCAUCUGCGGUGGUGCCACCCCUGAAUCUGCGAGCCAGGCGGACCGGGGAGUAUUUGUCGACGCGCUCGACACUUGUGGAAGGAUCACCAUCACAGAUCCUAAUUCGCAAUGGAAAAUCGAGCGAAUGCCAAGCCGCAGGGUCAUGGGGGACAUGCUCAUUCUCCCGAAUGCUCAGGUGCUUAUCAUCAAUGGUGCAAAGAGUGGCACCUCCGGGUGGAGCUUUGCAAGAAACCCUAACCUCAGCCCAGUCCUCUACAACCCGAGAAACCCCAGGAACCAGAGGUUCCAGACAUUGAACCCAAGCACCAUCCCACGCAUGUACCACUCAUCCGGCGUUGUCCUACCGGAUGGGAAAGUUUUGAUCGCUGGUAGCAACACAAAUCCUAAGUAUAAUUACACAUCCCUUUAUCCAACAGAGCUGCGGGCCGAGAAAUUCUCACCGCCCUACCUCGAUCCAUCUUUGGCAAGCCAUAGGCCAAAUAUAUUGACCGAGCUAAUGCCGAAGGCCUUGGCCUACGGGGGAGGCUUCAAGAUCCAAAUAAGCCUCUCAGACCAAAUUGUUGCAGACACCGAUCUCAGUGUGACCAUGUAUGCGCCGCCUUUUACGACGCACUCAUACUCGCAGAAUCAGAGAAUGCUCGUGUUGAGGAUGAAUGAUGUGGAGCAAGUUGCACCCGGGACUUACCAGAUCUCAGUGGUGGCACCGCCCUCAGCGGUGGUUGCACCACCGGGGUAUUAUCUGCUGUUUGUGGUGCACUUCGGGGUACCCAGUGAGGGAGUGUGGGUACAUAUCAAUUAGAUGACUUUGGCUAUGGCUUUGGCUUUUGGAUUGCUGGUUGGGUUUUUUUUUUUUCAUUAUUACUUCUUGCAUACUGAUUUAUUCUUUAUACAUUUUAGGGGUCUUUUUCUUUGAUUCA